GGGGUGGGAGGACCGUCUCAGGCCGGGCCGGGGCUUUUCGGCACUUUUCCGGGUAAAUUUCCAGAGCGCAAAGUGCUCGGCUCUGCUUUCUGCUCCUUGGAUUUCGCUCCCGCAUGUGGGCGUCUAAAAGGAAACCAGAAGCGGCUUAAGCACAUAGAGCAUUCACUGUGGAUAAAAUAACAUUUUGAGACAUUUUUCUGUCACAAGUGAUAGAGGAAAAACCAAUACAGAAGUGCACUCUCCUGUGUGUGUAUCCAUUGUACUGCUUUUUAUAACUCAGCUUAGUAAUGAAGCCACCAUUAUGUCCUCAGUCAGUGAAGUAAAUGUUGAUAUCAAAGAUUUCCUAAUGAGCAUUAAUUUGGAGCAGUAUCUCUUACACUUCCGUAAGUUUGGUUUUAAUACUGUAAAAGACUGUGCAGCAAUAAAUGACAGCGUGCUACACAAAAUUGGAAUAUCACCUACAGGACACCGGAGGAGGAUACUUAAACAGUUACAGAUAAUCUUGUCAAGAAUGCAAGAUAUUCCAGUAUAUGCAAAUGUUCAUAAAACGAAGAAGGAUGAAACCUCAAAGGAUGGCCAUGCCCCACCUUCUGAUCAGAAUACCUGCGUACAACUUUCAGAUUCAGGUGGUGUUCAGACACCUAGCCCAAUGCAGUUGGAGACUGUUACAAAAAAUCUUGAUCAAAAUGAUGUUACUGUGGAAAAUAGCCAGUCUCUUAAAUCAGAUGAUAAGCUAUCUCUUCCUAAACACAACUUUCCCAUUCCAGAAAAAGAACCACACCUGAAUUUGGGUUCUUUUCAAGAUUCUCUGUUUGGUAGUAACAAUAUUAAGAUAGAAUCUUUAAUUACAAAGAAGACUACAGAUUGCGCAACUGAAGAGCCACCAACAGAAAAAGUUGAUUUGAUCUCAGAAAAUGUGAGCAAGCUUCCUAAUGCAGACCCUGAAUGUCUUUCUUCCCUUGGCUCUUCACUUUCAGAAGCAAAUUCUGGAAAUGGAACUAAUGGUUUAUUACAAGGACCACCACCAUCCCCAUUUUUUCAUUUUCAAGGAGAAAUGGUUGUAAAUGAUUUGUAUGUUCCAUCGUCACCGGUCCUAACACCUACGAGAAGUCGGAGCAAGUUGGUUUCAAGACCAUCUCGAUCUUUUAUGCUGAGACAUCGGCCUGUACCAGAGAUUCCAGGGACGACAAAAGGAGUUUCAGGGAGCUAUUUCCGAGAGAGAAGAAAUGCUACUACCUCAACUGGAAAAUCUGUGACACAGCAAAAUUCAAAUGAGGAGAAUUCAUCUUCCAUACUUCCUUAUGGAGAGACCUUUCUCUUCCCGAAACUAGAAAAUUCCAAGAAGAAGUCUAUAAAGAAUGAAUUUUGGACCCAUGAAGAAAAGCUCAAAGGGGAAGCAACUACUGGAAGAAACGCUUUUUUGGUCAAAUCGAGCAUAUACGAUAACAGGACGGAGAAUAUAAGUGAGGACAAAGUGGAAGAUAUUUGGAUACCUCGAGAGGACAAAAACAAUUUUCCCAUAGACUCUGCUUCUGAGUCAGAAUAUUCAACAGUAGAAGAAUGCUUUCAGAGUUUGAAAAGAAAAAAUUCAAAGGCGUCUAAAUCUAGGACUCAGAAAGCAUUGAAUUUAGACCCUGUUAAUAGGCACAGUUAUCCGUCAAGCUCCACAAGUGGAAAUGCUGAUUCAUCAGUCAUUUCCUCAACUACAAUAUCUCCCUAUGCCUGUUUUUAUGGAUCAUCUGCAAGGAAGGUUAAAUCGGGAUGGCUGGACAAACUCUGUCCUCAAGGAAAACGCAUGUUUCAGAAGAGAUGGGUGAAGUUUGAUGGCCUUAGCAUUUCUUAUUACAAUAAUGAGAAGGAGAAGUAUUCAAAAGGAAUAAUUCCCCUUUCUGCUAUAUCUACGGUACGAGUACAAGGAGACAAUAAAUUUGAAGUUGUUACAACACAAAGAAUUUUUGUUUUUAGAGUUGAAAAAGAAGAAGAGAGAAAUGACUGGAUCAGCAUACUGUUAAAUGCACUGAAAUCGCAACCCCUUUCCUCGCAGCCUCAAGCAGUUGUUCCACCUGAGAAAUGUGGCUAUCUUGAAUUGAGAGGGUAUAAAUCUAAAAUUUUUACUGUGUUAAGUGGAAACAGCGUGUGGCUUUGCAAAAACGAACAGGAUUUUAAGAGUGGACUUGGUAUUACUAUAAUUCCUAUGAAUGUAGCAAAUGUAAAGCAAGUGGAUCGAACUGUGAAACAGUCUUUUGAAAUAAUCACUCCCUAUCGGAGUUUUAGCUUUACAGCCGAGUCGGAAAAAGAGAAACAAGAGUGGAUUGAAGCUGUGCAGCAGUCGAUAGCAGAAACUCUCUCUGAUUAUGAAGUAGCUGAGAAGAUUUGGUACAAUGAGUCUAACAGGAGCUGUGCAGAUUGUAAAGCCCCGGAUCCUGACUGGGCAUCCAUCAAUCUCUGCGUUGUCAUCUGUAAGAAGUGUGCAGGUCAACAUAGAUCUUUAGGACCAAAAGAUUCCAAGGUUAGAAGUCUGAAAAUGGAUGCAAGCAUUUGGAGCAAUGAACUCAUCGAGCUUUUUAUUGUCAUUGGAAACAAAAGAGCAAAUGACUUUUGGGCUGGUAAUCUUCAAAAAGAUGAAGAGUUACACAUGGACUCGCCAGUAGAAAAGAGAAAAAACUUUAUCACUCAGAAGUACAAAGAAGGAAGAUUCAGAAAAACCCUUUUGGCAUCUCUCACCAAAGAAGAAUUAAAUAAGGCUCUGUGUGCUGCUGUAGUGAAAUCGGAUGUUCUGGAAACAAUGGCUUUGCUGUUCAGUGGAGCAGAUGUCAUGUGUGCAACUGGAGACCCUGUGCAUAGCACCCCCUAUCUGCUGGCCAAGAAGGCUGGGCAGAGUCUGCAAAUGGAAUUUCUCCACCAUAACAAAUUCUCAGAUUUCCCUCAACAUGACGUUCAUUCUGAAGGUGGAUUAAGUCAAGAGUCGUCCCAGUCCACGUUCCUCUGUGACUUUUUAUAUCAGGCUCCUUCUGCUGCUUCUAAACUCUCUUCAGAGAAAAAACUGCUUGAAGAGACAAAUAAAAAGUGGUGUGUUUUGGAAGGAGGCUUCUUGAGUUACUAUGAAAAUGAUAAGUCUACCACACCUAAUGGCACCGUUAAUAUCAAUGAAGUUAUCUGCCUGGCUGUACACAAAGAAGACUUCUAUUUAAAUACUGGGCCCAUCUUUACCUUUGAGAUCUAUUUACCCUCAGAACGUGCAUUUUUAUUUGGAGCUGAAACAUCUCAAGCUCAAAGAAAAUGGACAGAGGCAAUAGCCAAGCAUUUUGUUCCCUUUGUUGCUGAAAACUUAGCAGAAGCUGACUAUGAUUUGAUUGGUCAACUCUACUACAAAGAUUGCCAUGCACUGGAUCAGUGGAGAAAAGGCUGGUUUGCUAUGGACAAAUCUAGUUUGCGUUUUUGCCUUCAAAUGCAAGAAGUUCAGGAAGAUAGAAUGCACUUAAGAAGACUGCAGGAGCUAACAAUGAGCACAAUGGUUCAAAAUGGGGAAAAAAUGGAUGUCUUGCUCUUGGUAGAAAAAGGGAGAACAUUAUACAUCCAUGGGCAUACCAAGUUGGAUUUCACAGUCUGGCAUACCGCAAUUGAAAAAGCAGCAGGUACAGAUGGUCAUGCAUUACACGAUCAACAGCUCAGCAAAAAUGACGUUCCCAUUAUUGUGAACAGCUGUGUAGCAUUUGUUACACAGUAUGGUUUAGGAUGCAAAUAUAUCUAUCAAAAGAAUGGCGAUCCUUUGCGCAUAAGUGAACUCCUGGAGAGUUUCAAAAAGGAUGCAAGAAGCUUCAAAUUGAGGGCUGGAAAACAUCAGCUUGAAGAUGUGACAGGCGUGUUGAAAAGUUUUCUCUCCGACAUUGACGAUGCUCUUCUUACUAAGGAGCUCUAUCCAUACUGGAUCUCUGCUCUAGAUACCCAAGAUGAUAAGGAAAGAAUUAAAAAGUAUGGAGCAUUUAUACGUACUCUUCCAGGGGUCAACCGAGCAACAUUGGCAGCUAUAAUUGAACACCUUUACAGGGUUCAGAAAUGCUCAGAAAUUAAUCACAUGGACGCCCAUAAUUUGGCCUUGGCCUUCUCCUCCUGUUUGUUUCAAACUAAGGGACAAACUAGUGAAGAAGUGAAUGUGAUCGAGGACUUAAUUAAUAAUUAUGUUGAAAUAUUUGAGGUUAAAGAAGACCAAGUCAAACAAAUGGACAUAGAAAAUAGCUUUAUAACCAAGUGGAAAGACACUCAAGUUUCUCAGGCUGGAGAUUUGUUAAUUGAAGUGUUUGUGGAAAGGAAGGAACCCGACUGCAGUAUUAUAAUUCGGAUAUCUCCUGUGAUGGAAGCAGAAGAAUUAACUAAUGAUAUGUUAGCAAUAAAAAAUAUCGUUCCUAUGCAGGGUGAUAUCUGGGCCACAUUUGAAGUCAUUGAAAAUGAAGAGCUAGAGCGCCCUCUUCACUACACAGAAAAUGUGUUGGAGCAGGUGCUUCGGUGGAGUUCAUUAGCUGAACCUGGCUCUGCUUAUCUUGUGGUGAAGAGAUUCUUAACUGUUGACACAAUUAAACACUAUAAUGAGAGGAGGGCCCUGGAAAGUAUCAAAGAGGGAGUCUUGAAAAUCAAAGAAGAGCCAUCUAAAAUACUAUCUGGAAAUAAGUUUCAAGACCGAUAUUUCGUUUUACGAGAUGGUUAUCUCUUUCUUUACAAGGAUGUGAAGAGUAGUAAAUAUGACAAAAUGUUUUCUCUCAGUUCAAUGAAGUUUUAUCUUGGAGUGAAAAAGAAAAUGAAGCCUCCAACAAGUUGGGGAUUGACAGUAUAUUCUGAAAAACAUCACUGGCAUCUGUGUUGUGAUAGCUUACAAAGUCAGAUGGAGUGGAUGGCCAGUCUCUUUAUUGCCCAGCAUGAAAAUGAUAUACGGCCACCAGCUGGAAAGGAGCGAAAACGUUCUAUAACCAAAAAUCCCAAAAUCGGAGGUUUGCCUCUAAUUCCCAUCCAGCUUGAGAGAGAUGCAACCCAAGCCCGGAGAAAUAUCGAGAGUGCCAGAGCAGAACUUGAAAGGCUGCGGCUCAGUGAAAAUCGUGAUCGAGAGUCUGGAGAUUCUAGCUUAAAGGAGAAAGCCUCCAUCGUGGCCCACUGCCUGGAGCACAAGGACGAUAAACUUCGACAUCGUACCAGAAAGCAUCGAAGUUUCAACUGUCUGGAGGACACAGAGGCUGAGGUCCUUCGUGAGCAACAAAAAGGCCAUAAAGGUCUCAAGACAUUGAGGAAGACUGAGGACAGGAAUGGCAAGGCUACCUUGGGAUCUGAUAAUAAGUUACCAUCAAAUGUCAUUGAAGAACUUAGCGUGGUUCUACAGCGGUCAAGAACCCAACCAAAAGAGUUACAGGGUGAGCAGACCUUACAGAAAGAAAUAAAAUGAGUUGUUUCACAAAUUAUUUUUUUUUAAUAUUGUGUACAAUGUUUGUAAGCAAACCAGAAACCAAACUGUAAGAUAAUUCAUGGUUUUUGAGAUUUGUCUAGCUGUACGUAAGCAUUUAAAGAACAUUUAAAAAUAUGUAUGUAUAUAUGUGAUAAGUGUAAGAUUAACUUUAUUUUGGUCUGAACAAAGCUUGUACAGUUCAAUUGUAUUAACCUUGUGUAAGAAGGCAUUGGGUUACUUUGAGUGGCCAACCUUUUAAAGUAGUUGUCCGUUAAGUGGUGUAAUUUAUGAGCAGAAGUCUCAAAACUGUACUGUAAUGUAUAAAAUGCUGUGUUUAAAUGAAGCCUAUGAAACUAUAUGUAACACAUUUUGCACUUUGGAAAACUUUGUAUAUUACCAUAUGUUUUUAGGUUUACAUAGGGUCCUCUUUAGGGAGAUGAAAGGGAAGUAAUUUGAAAAGGGGGAGGGUUUAUUUUAGUGGCUGCCUAUCAAACACUGGAGUUUUAAAAACGGGCAAGGAGUUAACAAAUGUCCUAAUAACCAAGAAGGUCCAUUAAGACUCAUUCUAGUUCACUGUUGACCAGAACUUGUUAAUGAGAAAUUGCUUGUUUAAAAAGAGUCUAGUGACUAAGUGUUUUCCGAGAGUAAUUUUCAGCCAACAGACAUGAAUAAUGGCCCUGGCCACUCUUAUUUAUGGUGUUAGUGAAGCAGCCACAGUACACAUUCACUACACUUCAGGCCUUCAUAGGUGGCUGCUGAGAAGAAACUUACACUGCGUUGAAGAGGUUGUGUGCACAGGACCUGGCAUGAUACCUUUGCACUGUUGCUAUCUACAAGCAAUUUUUUUUCAGUUUCUUACUACGCUUUUGGUACGAACAAAAUUCAUCAUCAUAGGGUUUUGUUGUUGUUGUUUUGUUGUUUGAUUUUUGUUAUUUUACUUUGUAUGUUCAUUUCUUGUUAUUUUAAGUCAGGUUGUAAUGUCUUUCUCUGCAAUGUCAGAAUUAACUGGAAGUAAACAACAUAUGGCCAUUUUGGGGCGGGAGAUAGUUUAACUCUACUACUCUUUGGGGGGCUACCAGUUAAUCUAGUCUUUUUUUUUUAAAUAAAGCAGUAGUCUCCUUCCUGUGCCUAAUGAAUAAUGACAAAGCCCUCUAUUUUUGUUUCCACAUAAAGAUCAGCUACUGAGCUGAUUUUCCUAAGGCAGACAAGUAGUUUAAUUAUAGUUCACAUUAGGGGCAUCGCUUUUCAUCAGUUUCUUUAGAAUUUUAUUAGAUCUG